AUGGCCUCUACGGGACCGUCUGUCCCCGCUGCCAAUAAAGAUUGUCAAAAAUGCAAAUUCCGACGUAUCCCGUGUGAUCGGACCCAGCCCAAGUGCCGAAAAUGCAUCUCGCGGGAUUUCGACUGUCCAGGGUACGGAGUCCAUCUGCGAUGGGAUCAAGGUGUUGCGAGCAGAGGAAAGUUAAUGGGGAAAUGUGUGCCUGUAGAGAAGGAGGUUCCAUCGCCUCUCACGCUCCAGCCCACGCCAAUCUUCAAUAAUCUCACAUCCCAGCUACUCCGCCACUUUGACCAAGGCGUUGCGACGAAACUCGCUUGGGUUGAUGGCCCGGGCAACCCAUGGCGGAAUAUCGUCUUACCCUUAUCGCAUACUUCGCCGACAGUCCUCUUCUCCCAUGCGGGCUCUGUCGAUCUGUCCGACGUCUUUCUUCUCUACGAAUACUAUUACACCUCCGUUUUUAUUAAUCUCACAAGAUUCGACCCGAAUGAUGACAUAUCGGAAAACAUCCCAACCCAUGGCAGUAUCAGCUUCUUCUCCGAAUACGUCCGCAUCAUACACGCCGUCACCCGAGCCGAACGCCUAAGAUCCACCCCCUGGUUAAACUCGAAUAUCCCCCGCCUCUCGGAAGUCUUGGACGAAACCGAAGCCGCAAAGGACAAAAUCAUCCAGAUGGGCCAAACCAUGGAGUUCAAAUCCAGCUCAGCCCGCUGUGACUUCGAGUACCUUGUGUACAUGUAUUACCAUGCGAUCCUCAUCUACAGCCAUCGUGUCCUCUCGGACGACCCCUCCGACGAAUUCAUCCAGAUAUCCCGAGACGCCGUUUUGACGCAUCUUUCUUAUCUUUCGCGCAGUGCGUACUUCGCGCACAAUCUCGUGUGGCCUUUGUUUAUAGCGGGGUCCGAGUGUCGGGGAAUUCCGAGUCUGCAGGAGACGAUUGAGCAUGCGAUGUUGAAUAUCAUGCAGCUCAGCGGGAGUCUGGAUCGGCAUCGGGUCUUGUCGUUUUUGAAGACGUUUUGGGCUUUGGAUCUCGAACCGGGUGUUACGUGGAUUCAUUUGGCAAGGGCAAAUUCUGUCAAUGAGAGCUUCUUGAUAGUUUGA